UAUGAAUCGGCCAGAGUGGCUAGCGGUUCAGUUGAUGGUUUUCCAACCAGCGAACAGGUUAUCCCUCUAUUCGUCAAGCAUAAUGCAGUUGCAGAUGGAGUUCUCGCCCAGCUACGGCUACGAGGCAUUCAAGAGAUCCCCGCAGGAUCAGGCAGCAACCAAGUAAGAUGGAUAUCCAAGGUUUUUGGGGAAAAACUGCUCCCGAAGCUCAUCCAUUUGUCUUGCAGCCAGGUGGACCCGGACGACUCGUGCUUCCAGCGAGGAUCCUAUAUCGAACUGUCCUCUGGCGCCAUUCGUCGCGUGGAGGACAUUCGCACGGAAGACUUCAUACAAUCGGCGAUGCGCAACCAGCGCUUUGAGCUGCGUGAGGCAACGGUGGUAAGGAUCGAUCACGGCACCAACGGAGGAGGCGACCAUGUGACCAUCACCUUCAGCUACGACACCCAGCACGCCAAGGUAAACCUGGAGGUGGCGCCGGCCCAUCCCCUGUUUGUUUACGGCCAAGGCUGGGCUUCGUGCAAUCCGCAAGCGUCGCUGCAGCUGUACGAGCUCAGGUGUCAGCAAUUGCAGGUCGGCGACAUCUGCCUGUCGCUGGUUCCCCGCCAGCCCCCUGUGGCUCCGGUGGCUCCACCCACUCCUGCUUUGUCUCAGGUCCCAGCCACAGCUCCAGUUACAGCGAAUGAUUAUCCAGUUGGGGCAUCGUCCCCGCCGCAUGGUGCGUACCCUGUGCCGCCUCACCGGAAUCCUUACCAGAUGUACGCUCAGAUGGCAAACUUUGUGGCUGCCUACACCCAGCACAUAAUUGCCGAAAAGAUGAGGCAGAGAUCCGAGGAACAAAAUAGAAGUGACUUCGGAGCGGAGUUUUAUUAUAAUUAAUAUUCAUUUAAGAAAACUCUGAA